UGUACUACGUCUUCAGUCUCUGGACCGUCUCCUGUACUGUGUCCGCAGUCUCUGGUCAUCUGCUGUACUGUGUCCGCAGUCUCUGGUCAUCUCCUGUACUGUGUCCGCAGUCUCUGGUCAUCUCCUGUACUGUGUCCGCAGUCUCUGAUCAUCCCCUGUACUGUGUCUGCAGUCUCUGACCGUCUCCUGUGCUAUGUCUGCAGUCUCUGACCGUCUCCUGUCCUACUGUGUCUGCAGUCUCUGACCGUCUCCUUCUCUGAUCUGUCUGCAGUCUCUGGUCGUCUCCUGUAUCAUGUCUGCAGUCUCCGGUCUCUCCUGUA